AUGUAAGCAGGCUGCUAGGAGACUGGAGAGGGAGCUACUCUCUGCCUGAUUUCCAGCUCGCUGAGGUUUCUUCCACCGACCACAAUGAACAAGUUCCUGUGCUGCACGCUUGUGCUUUUGGACAUUUCUGUUGGGUGGACCAUCCAGGAUGACUCUCCCCCCAAGUACACCCAUUACGACCCAGGGACGUCUCGUCAGCUGCUGUGUGACCAAUGUCCUCCUGGAAGCUACGUCAAGCAGCACUGCACAGCCAGCAGCCCGACGCAGUGUGCCCCGUGUCCUGACCAGUACUACGCCGAGGAGUGGAACAGCAACGACGAAUGCCAGUACUGCAGCACCGUCUGCAAGGAGCUGCAGUUCGUCAGGCAGGAGUGCACCAGCAGGCAGAACCGCCUCUGCGAGUGCGUCGAAGGCAGGUACCUGGAGCUCGAGUUCUGUUUGAAGCACACCGAGUGUCCUCCCGGGUUCGGCGUUGCGCAGCCAGGUACCCCUGAGAGUGACACUGUGUGUAAGAGAUGUCCAGAAGGAUUUUUCUCCAAUGAAACAUCAUCAAAAGCGGUCUGCCUAAAGCACAGGAACUGUAGUGCACUGGGUUUCAAAAUAGCUUUGAAGGGAAAUGCAUUUCGUGACAACAUCUGUCAGGAAAAUACAGAUGCAGAUUUUUCUCAGAAAUGUGGAAUAGAUGUAACCCUGUGUGAGGAGGCUUUGUUCAGGUUUGCUGUUCCUACCCAGCUCACGCCUAACUGGCUGAACAUCCUAGCAGACAGCUUGCCUGGCACAAAGGUUAGCACAGAAAACAUCGAAAGGAUUAAAAACCGGCACGGUUCUCAAGAGCAGACCUUCCAGCUUUUGAAGUUAUGGAAGCAGCAAAACAAGGAACAGGAUAUGGGCAAAAAGAUCAUUCAAGAACUUGAUCUUUGUGAAAACAGUGUCUUAAAGCAUAUUGGCCACCUGAACCUUACCUUUGAACAUCUCAACAUACUGAUGGCAAGCUUACCAGGCAAGCAAGUAGGAAAAGAAGACAUUGAGCACACAAUGAAACUAUGUCAGCCUGCAGAGCAAGUUCUGAAGCUUCUCAAUCUGUGGAGAAUAAAGAACGGUGACCAAGACACCAUUAAAGGUUUAAUGUAUGGACUGAAGCACUUGAAAACCUACCACUUUCCAAAAAGAACCAUCCAGAGUCUGAAGAAGGUGAUUAAGUUCCUUCACAGAUUUGCCAUGUAUAGAUUACACCAGAAACGCUUUCUAGAAAUGAUAGGGAACCACAUUAAAGCAGUGAAAACCCCACGAACUAAGCAGGGUGUGAAGAUCCUCGAAUACCUCCAGAGGAGGGCAACAAAGCUGGUGAAAGGGCUGGAAGGAAUGUCCUGUGAAGAGCAGGCUACAGAUGGAUCCAGCACUCAUCAGCGUCUGCGUAAGUGA